CCAGAAGACUUGUCCAUGUUUCAGCUACCAACUCUCAACUUUUCUGCGGAGCAGGUGGCAAGCGUCUGCGAGACGCUUGAGGAGACCGGAGACAUCGAACGACUCGGUCGCUUUCUGUGGUCGCUGCCGGUGGCGCCGGGCGCAUGCGAGGCAAUCAACAAACACGAGUCAAUCCUGCGCGCUCGCGCUGUCGUCGCCUUUCACACUGGCAACUUCCGCGACCUCUACCACAUCUUGGAGAACCACAAAUUUACAAAGGACUCGCAUGGAAAGCUACAGGCCAUGUGGCUCGAAGCGCACUAUCAGGAGGCCGAAAAGCUGCGUGGACGCCCGCUUGGACCUGUCGACAAGUACCGCGUUCGCAAGAAGUUUCCUCUUCCCAGGACCAUCUGGGACGGCGAGCAGAAGACGCACUGCUUUAAGGAGCGAACGCGAAGUCUUUUGAGGGAGUGGUACCUGCAGGACCCAUAUCCUAACCCAAGUAAGAAACGAGAACUGGCACAAGCCACCGGACUCACUCCUACACAAGUCGGAAAUUGGUUUAAAAACCGAAGGCAAAGAGACAGAGCAGCGGCAGCGAAAAAUAGGCUCCAACACCAAGCCAUAGGGCAGAAAGGGAUGCGCUCACUGUCUGAUUGCACUCCGCACAGCUCGGCAGAGUCGCCAUGCACCGCCGCCAGUCCCACAACCAGCGUUUCGAGCAUGACGGAGCGCGCCGACACAAUGACGUCUAUCCUCUCUGUAACGUCCAGUGACUCUGAAUGCGACGUAUGA